AUGUAAGGACUUCUGAGUACUCCAAACACAUAAAAUGGCGUUCUUGAUAUUGUUGGCUCGACCGAUAUCAUCAAGAAAUACUACGAUCCCAUUCAUGGCUACAUCGAACUUGAUCAGAAAUAUUGGGACAUAAUUGACACAGAGCAAUUUUAGAGAUUGCGCUAUUUGAAGCAACUUGGGUGUGUGAAUCUGGUUUUCCCCACAGCUACUCAUAAUAGAUUUGAGCACUGCAUAGGCACAUGCUACGUGGCUAAGAAGUUGAUGAACAAGAUUAAAAAGAAGUAGCCAGAGCUUGAUAUUACAGAUGAGGAUGUAUACAAUGUCUCAAUUGCCGGACUAUGCCAUGAUCUUGGCCACGGACCAUAUUCCCAUGUAUUUGACAACCAUUUCCUUAGAACUAUCAAUCCUUAGACAGAGUGGACUCAUGAAUAUGCAUCCUCGAUGUUACUUGAACAUUUGGUAGAUUAGAAUAACUUGGAUCUUACAAAGGAAGAUGUUAGAUUGAUUUGUGAUCUUAUUGAGGGAAAGAAACAAGGUUAUGAGGGUAAUGAGAAGGGAUGGAUGUUUGACAUUAUUAACAACAAGAGAAACUCAAUUGAUGUAGACAAGUUUGAUUAUAUAACCAGGGAUACCUACAUGAUGAAUCUUUCGUACGGAUCUUUCGAUCAUCAAAUCUUAUUAAAAGAUGCGCGCGUUAUUGAAAAUUAAAUCGCAUAUCCCACAAAGCAUGCUUAUGAAGUGUAGAAACUAUUCCAGUCCAGGUAUGACCUAUACAAAUCAAUCUAUAAUCAUCUCACUGUGCACUCUAUUGAGAUCAUAUUGUGUGAUGUACUAAAGGCCGCGCAUAAGGUGCUGUUUGAUUUCGAGGAAGUCAUUUAUAACCCCUAGGAAUAUACUUAUCUCACUGAUAAUAUCUUGUAUGAAAUCCAAGUAUCUGAGGAUGAAAGAAUGAAAAAAGCUUAAGAGCUUAUCAAGAGACUGCAGAGACGUGACUUUUACUAGUUCGUUGGUGAGAUCAUUAUGAAGCACUCCGAGUAUCCCUGCACUGAGAAAGACCUCGUUAACUUUGCAGCACAAGAUGGCUAUGGUGAUAUUAUUACUGAGGAUGAUGUCGCUGUUAGAAAGUAUAGUGUAAAUUUCGCUUAAGGAGACAAAGAUCCCUUUGAUUUCGUCAAGUUCUACAACUACCCUAACUUUAAUGAUUCUGCAGUGAGAAACUAGGCUCAAUCCCCAAGAAAGGCAAAGAGUUCUCCAAGAAAUAUACCCAGGAUAGCCAAUAUAUCAUUUGAGAACUCUGCUCAAGAUGAUGAACUUGCUGAACAAAUACCUGCUUUGGAUAGUUAUAGUUAAAUAUCAGUUUUGGCGCUACCCAGAUUCACAAUCUUGGGACAUCCAUCUCUAUCCUUUUCCAUCUACGUACAUUCCUUGCAGUAAUAAGCAUCGCUGAUCCCUGGUCCUCCACAUAUGGUACACCUUCCCUAGAAGCUUCCAAAGUUACACUCAUCACAAAUCUUAACUAAUGAGCAUGGCCUUACAUAUGAAUCGCAAAUGACACACUUUCCAUCGCACUUUUCACAGAGACGACCAAUAGCCACCCCUGGCUAUUUACGACAGAAUAUCAAAUCUGGAUAAUUAGCAAUGUCUGCAAAUAAGUCAUCAGUAAGAAGCAAAAUUAACAAGUUCUUCGAGUAAGGGGUUUCCUCAAGUAAAAAGGGCACAAAGGUUUCAAGAGACAUUGAGGACCCUGAGGAUUUAUACAGUCAUACAAAGUAAUUCUUCAAAAAAAAUCAAGUUGAGGAGGAGUAUGUAGACUAGGUAGAGAUAGGCGAGAGAAAGAUAAAAGGAGAGAUUGGAUUAAAUGAUCUUGAUUAGUUAGUUUAUGGGGGUAAGAAGGUUACCAGAAAAGAUCUUGAUAAUUCAGAUGAAAGCAUGAGUGAUGAAUAGAUUGGUGAAGAUGAAGAUGAGGAAAUAGACUCUGAGUUAUAUGGGGGUGAAGAUGGAGAAGAGUCAAAUGAUAUUGAUGAAGGAUCAGAAGGGGAAAGUAGUAAUGAAAUUAUGGAUGAUUCCAAUGAUGAAGAAGACCAAAUUGGCUUAGACGAGGAAGAAGAUGAUGACUUGGAUGUAGCAAAGGAGCUCGCUAAAUAAACUAAGAGACUUAAGACUAUGAAGACUGGUGGCAGUAAUAUGAAUGAAGAUUAAGAUGAAGAUCUUGAUUUAGCUUUGAAAUAGCUUAAAUAAGAGGAAAAAGAAGAGUCUAAGUUUAUCUCAAAGCGAGUAUCAUCAGAUCUUCAAAAAGCUAAAUCAGUAAAAACUCAGAAAAAGAUCUAUGAUCAAUACUUGCAUUAGAGAAUUCUAAUGCAAAAGUUACUCUAGAACGCCAAUAAACUACCAUCCAAAAAUGCUUUGGAUUUAUUUGUGCAAAGCUCUAAGACAACAGAAAUGAAUUUACAGGCAUGUAAAAGAAAUAUUAAAAAACAACUUAAGGAUUAGGUUAGACUUUAAAAGUAGUUGUUUAUGAUAUCAGAAACAUCUAUAAAGCUUAAAACAAUAGAUGAACAGUCAGAAGAUACAAAAUGCCAGGAGAUUUAUAAGAUCUUAGACCAUAAUUUCUCACAGAUCCUGCCAUUUGUGGAAGAGACUGUAGAUAGAUGGAACAGUAGGACAAUGAUGAUUAAAAGUUUAUCUGGGAAUAGUUAAAAGAGUAAAGCUUUUGGCAAGACUAUCCUUGAGCAAGUUAAUUCAAUUCUUAAUGAGGAGGAAUCACUGUAAAAACUCUUAGAAAAAGCCCAUCUCAAAAGAGAUUCUUAUAAGGUACUAGGUAGAAAUGCAGAUGACAUUACUAAUGAGAGAGAUGAGAAUAUAUUCAAUGACUUUGAUUUUUAUCAAAUGCUUCUAAAGGACUUUCUGGCUUAGAAUGAUAACAAUGAGGAUGGUGAGGAGAAUGGUACUGGCGGCGGAGGUGAGGAUGACAUCUACUUAGAUGGAGCCGACCUUGGAUUAACCUAGAAGUAUCUUGAAAGAAAGAAAAAGUUACUUAUGGGCUAGGAGAAAAUAAAGAAAGAGGUAGACAGGAAGGCCUCCAAGAAUCGUAAAAUCCGCUAUGUAGUGCAUGAGAAGAUAGUUAACUUUAUGGCUCCACUUGAUAAUCUUAGUAAUAUGUAUGAAGGCAAGGAUAGUAUACUCAAAAGUUUAUUUGGAUAAUAGGAGCUAAAUAAUAAUGGACAGAGUGCUGAUGCAAAUGGUAAGAAAAAGAGUUCAAAGAAAUAGAAGUUAGAGGAUGAUGAUGGAGUCAGACUAUUUUGA